AGCCAACUUCAUUCCAUUUCACUACGUUGAGCGAGACGGUUGGUUGUGCGCGCUACUUUCUUUCUUUCGGGGGCUUAGCCAGCCAAGAAGACAGACAGAGAGACAGACAGACAGUCGGUUCAGUAGCAAUCAGAGCCAAUUUAUAAAGUGAACAAAAGACGACAACAGAAAUUGGAAUUAAAAAAUUUAACGUAACCGAAUCACAACGUAAAGCGCCUUCAUAUCAAACGCGGUUCAGUCCGAGAGACGGUCUCAAAGCUAACGGUCGCAAAUCGGCAAAAAGUCGGCGUAAAUCAUACGGCUACGAUACAUGGAUACGAUUUCGUUUUGAUAAAGUGCAAAUAUAUAAAAAAAAAAAAUUCACUCAAAUGGCAACGUGACAAGUUCUAUAUUUAGUUUAGAAAGGAAACUACUAAAUGUUUUCUAGUGCAAUACUUUAUAAAGAGUUACUUAAGAGACUCUUAACUAAAAAUCAACUAUAAACUUUUUUGGAUAUUUAAUCACAUAUUUUUGAAAACAACUCGAAAACGAAAAGAUGACAUGCGGCAUAUCGUGUGUCGAUAAGACACUAAACAAAUCAUUUUAUCAUUUGGGAAUAUGCAUAGCCAAACAUCCUGGAUAUUUUGUUAUCAUUCCAGUUUUGCUAACACUUUUAUGUAUGACAGGGUAUCAACAAUUGAAAUAUCAAAUCGAUCCCGAAUAUCUAUUUUCACCCAUUAAUGGAGAGGGUAAGGCUGAACGUGCUGUUGUUGAGCAAUAUUUUAAAGUCAAUUAUACGCAUCGAUUCAAUGUGGGACGCAUUACCAGACCCGGUCGCUUCGGGCGAGUCAUUGUGAUAGCCAAAGAUGGUGAUACCAAUAUGAUACGUCGUGAGAUCUUUCAGGAAUUGCGACAAUUGGAUAAUAUAAUACAGAAUGCCACAGUAACCUAUGAUGGAGAUACCUACACCUAUAAGGACAACUGUGCACGCUGGGAGAAUGAAUGCUUUGAGAAUGAUAUACUCAAUCUGGAUGCCAUUAUGGAUGAUAUUGAGACGGGUCAAUUGAAUUUAACAUUUCCCUUCAUGUUCAAUCCGGUUACCUGGGAUGCCCAUCUGUUUCCUGUCUUCUUUGGUGGUACCAAAUUAACUGAAGAUAAUUUAAUUAUAAGUGUGCCAGCCAUUCAGUUGGUUUACUUUGUCACAGCCGAUAAUAAGCGUCAGGAUGCCAAGGGCGCUGAAUGGGAGGAGACCUUCUUGAAAGUUGUGGGCAAUGCUGAAAAUACGGGGAAAUUUAAACACAUAUCUGUAUCAUAUUUUGCCUCAAGAACUUUGGAUCAUGAACUGGAGAAGAAUACAAAGACUGUAGUGCCCUAUUUUAGUUCAACAUUUCUAUUAAUGGGUCUCUUUAGUGUAAUUACCUGUAUGAUGGGAGAUGCUGUUCGUUCGAAACCCUGGCUGGGUCUAAUGGGUAACAUUUCGGCUAUAAUGGCAACUCUGGCCGCCUUUGGUCUGGCCAUGUAUUGCGGCAUUGAGUUUAUUGGCAUUAAUCUAGCUGCUCCUUUCCUAAUGAUUGGCAUUGGCAUCGAUGACACCUUUGUGAUGUUGGCUGGUUGGCGUCGAACACCCGCCAAAAUGCCUGUACACGAGCGCAUGGCUCACAUGAUGUCCGAGGCAGCUGUCUCGAUAACAAUCACAUCGGUCACUGACUUUGUAUCAUUUCUGAUCGGCAUUAUAAGUCCGUUCCGUUCGGUGAAAAUCUUUUGUACCUAUUCUGUAUUUGCGGUUUGUUUCACAUUCAUUUGGCACAUUACUUUCUUUGCCGCAUGCAUGGCCAUAUCGGGCUACAGAGAGAGGAAGAAUUUGCAUGCGAUUUUCGGUUGUAAGGUGCAACCGAUGUCAGUGGCAAUUAAAGAGAAACGCAACUUCCUCUACAAGGCUAUAAUGGCUGGUGGCAUUGAUCGUAAUGAUGCCGAUAAUCCUGUUGAUAAUAAGGAUCACAUGUUCAUGGCCUUCUUCAAGGAUAAAUUGGCAGCGGUUAUUAAUAAUAAAUGGUGCAAGGUUAUUAUCAUAUUGGCAUUUGCUAGUUAUUUGGUUGGAGCUUGUUAUGGCAUAACCCAAAUAAAGGAAGGACUCGAACGACGCAAGUUAUCCAGAGAGGAUUCCUAUUCGGUGGAGUUUUUUGAUCGUGAAGAUGACUAUUAUCGUGAAUUUCCCUACAGAAUGCAGGUUAUUAUAGCUGGCGCCUUGAAUUACUCAGAUCCUGUGGUGCAAGAGCAAGUGGAGAAUCUGACUAGCACCUUGGAGCAUACUUCGUAUGUGACAUCUCGACGUUAUACCGAAUCCUGGUUACGUUCAUUCUUAUCGUUUAUGGAACGUAAUAAUGAUUAUCUGAAUACAACAAUUGAUGAUGAGGAAUCGUUCAUUGAUGCCGUCAAAGAGCAUUGGCUCUUUCCGGGUAAUCCAUUUUCCCUCGACGUGCGCUUCAAUGAUGAUGAGACACAGAUCAUAGCCUCGAGAUUUUUGAUACAGGCUGUCAAUAUAACCGAUACGAAUCAUGAGAAGGAAAUGGUUCGUGAUUUGCGUAAAAUCUGCAAAGAUUCUCCAUUGAAUGCGUCGAUCUUUCAUCCGUAUUUCGUAUUCUUUGAUCAAUUCGAGCUAGUGCGUCCGGUCUCAUUGCAAGCCAUGGUCAUUGGCGCGGUCAUCAUGAUGAUCAUUUCGUUUAUCUUCAUACCCAAUAUACUUUGCUCCCUGUGGGUGGCCUUUUCGGUUAUAUCCAUUGAGAUGGGCGUGGCUGGUUAUAUGGCCUUGUGGGAUGUCAAUCUGGAUUCGAUUUCCAUGAUCAAUUUGAUAAUGUGCAUUGGAUUUUCGGUGGAUUUCACUGCCCACAUCUGCUAUUGCUAUAUGUCGUCGAAGAAACGCAGUCCCAAGGCCCGUGUACGUGAAGCUUUGCAUUCGUUGGGUCUGCCCAUUGUGCAGGGUUCCAGUUCAACCAUAUUGGGCAUUAUAGCCUUGCUGCUGGCUCAGAGUUAUAUCUUUUUGGUAUUCUUCAAAAUGGUCUUCUUGGUCAUCUUCUUUGGAGCAAUGCAUGGUUUAUUUUUACUUCCCGUUUUGUUGUCCCUCUUUGGACCGGGCUCUUGGCUAACCUGGACGGGACGCGACGAUGGCAGCGAUGCGGAUGUCGAUGAUGAGGACGAAACAAAGCUGGAGAAACCAUUCACACAAUCCUACUAUAUGCAAUAUCCCACCAUGGGCAUCAAUGGUCCGUAUAGCUCUAAAGGAUUCCUCGGAGCCCCCUAUAAAGCUUACGGCGUGGAUGAAAAGGAUUUAGGUCUGGGCACCUCAGGUGAAGAUUCCUCAGAGUCGAGUUCAAGUCGCUCACAGAGACGUCAACAGAUGGCAAAUGCCGCUCUAGCAACAGAAGAAGAGACACCCAAAUCAGGACAUCAGCGAAGAAACUAUGAUGAAGGCUGGCGACGUUCUUCGUAUCAGAAUAUCUAUGGAAAUGGCGGGGCCCAGUUUCAGGCUCAACCCGAUCUCUAUGGCCAACAAGUGUCGGCUGCUGAAUGGCGUGAACGUCUCGAUGUCCAUGAACAGCAACAAAGGAACAGACAACGACGCAGUGUCUAUGAUCAGGACAUGCAGCAGCAGCAACAGCCACCGAGAAAUCGUCGCAAUUCCCAUGGGGAUAUUAUCGAUAUGAAUGGCACACCCAACUCCUCCAUUGAUGAGCGUUUGCGUCAUCAGUUCUUAGGCAGUCCUGGCAGCGGGGAUGAGAGUAGCAAUAGUUAUCGUCAACAGCCACCACCAGGGGCAGCAGGAGGAGCAGGAGCUGGCGCUUUAAAUUCCUCCGUUAAACGUUAUCAUCGUCGGCGAUCGUCGGAGGACUCGACACGCCAUCAUCAACGCUGGCCAGCGAACAUUGAGGAACGUCGUGCCCGACGCACUCAAUCGCCAGCCCAGCAUCAGCAUAAAAAUCGCCAUUCAGAGACUGCCAAUGCCGCCGCUUUUGCCUAUCGCUCGUCCUCCCAUCACAAUCUGUAUCAGCGAUCAAAACAACCAGCCACAACUUAUCAAUAUGGUGACUACUAUCAGUAAGGAUCAAUGUGUCUGUGUGUCGAUGGGUUGGGUAACUUUGUCAGGAAAAGAUCAACAAUAAGUAGGUUUAAGUUAUAGCUUGCCCCUUCCCACUCUUCACUUCACUAUACAUACAUCACUUUAGCCAACACGACACACAACACUUCGAUAAAUGUGCCGAAUGUGAUGCUAGAGAUGUGCGAUUGUUUGUCCCAUCUCUAGCAUACACUUGAAAGCACUUUAAUACUCAAAAUUAGCUAAAAAAGGAAUAGAAAUAGAAGCUAACUUCGGCUUAGACGAAGUUUAUAUAACCUUGCAAAAUAAUAAACAUUUCUAUAUCUUACAAUGGUCCGAUCUAUGAAAUUCUUAUACCCAAGGCCAAAGUAAACUAAAGUUACAAAUUUUAUUUGAAUAUCUGAAAAACUAGAAAACUUAUUUAGAUAUUGAUCACUUUAUUCACUUUCUUUGCAAGAAUAUAUAUUUCAAGCUUCUAAUGAUUUUAUUUAUCACCUAGUUUUUUCAAUUCCUUAAGUGAAUAAUUGUUUUAUAGUCUAAGAGUAAUAACAUUCCUCAAAAAAGAAAAGAAAAACCGAAAAGAAGAAAACGCAAGUCACACAACUUAAGGUUCCAUUAUAUCGUAUAUUGUUUAUUGUAAUUAAGUAUAAAUAAUUUUUCUGCAUUAGUUCAUGUUUGCUUUUAUUUA